GCUAGCGGUCAGAGAGAUAUUUUAUUUGGCAAAAAUUCGGUUUAUUUAUAACGAAAUACCGAUGAUGCUGUAAUUUUAAAUAUCUAAGGCGGUGGUUAAAAAGAUCAGGAGUCCGAUGAGCACCACUGGCGUCACUUGUCAGCCGUCGAGGAGGUCCUAGGACGCAGGACACAGGCCCUUUUCGGCCGGAACGAAAGAACACUGCUCGAUUUUUAUAAAAUUAAGUCUGAUUUAAGCGAUCUGGAAAUGGAGACUGAUUACCAAAACUACGUAGAGUCCCUGUCGGGCGUGUCCUCCGACGAGGACGACUUCUCCACGGUGGACAGCUCCGACGAGUCCUCGGAGGAGCCAACUCCCACGCCUAUAGCAGCUCCAAGGACACGGAAUCUGGUGCAGAUGCUCUACGACAGGGAGCGCACUGGAUUCUUUUCAGGAUCCUCUAGGGCUGGACAAAAGCAGCAGCUUCCUUACGACAGAGUGCCAAAUAGGUUAAAGCUAUACCUCAAAGAUGUGCUGGCCAGUAGUUUGAUGGAGGGGCACAUAUUCAUGGGUCUCACUGCCUGCGGCCAGUACAUGCUCAGUCAUCGAGUAGUAUGUAACGAUAGCUCCUCCCUUAACCAUUAUUCCUUCAACAUGGGCUACAAGUACACUUUGUACUUUUGGCCAUUCCAACCGCACAAGAGGCUGCGCCACUUUUUCUCGCGGCGCCUCUUCGACGAUCAUAUGGUAGACAACGUGAAGACUGUAACUAUGACGCAGUGGAAGAACACGCAGCACCAGAUUUUAGUUGUUCAUGGUGCUCCAACAGAAGAAGGCGAGGAUAGUUAUAUUACUUAUGUCAAAGUUCCUAAACUCGGGUGCCUAGAAUGCAAAAAACUUAAUGACGACGGUCCAUAUUCCUUUUACAAUGCGCACUGCCUGAACUGCCACUUAACGGUGCACACUAAAUACUCCUCGACUGAAACUGAUCCGAGAUUCGAGCCGAAAAUCAAUCUGCUUUGCCCAGAGCGUAUUCUGAUCAUCUCCAACGGAUUUAUGCACAUGCUGCGUAUCGAUAUGGACACGCCGGCCGUGACCUCAGGCAGCAAUUACCUUUCUCAACAGCAAAACCUCGUUCUCCCCAGUCUUCAGGCACAAUCGCCAUCCUUCUUGCUGCCCAGGAAUCUUUUGGCAAGUGAGGAGGAUCGUUCCUCAGUUGCCUUCACAGCAUCAGGAUCGGAAACGGAAUCCGUGAACGAACAGAGCGUGGUGGCUCGUAUCAUAGCCGACUUUAGUGACAUUGAAACUGAUCAUGCCCAUCGCUCUAGUCAGCCAAAUAACAACCAUAACAUUAAUAAUAAUGAGGCGUCAUCCGGAGGCAACGUCAACUGUUCACCAAAAGCGUACGAAAAGCUUAUUUUCACGCCACACUGCACUCCCACUGUGGUUACGGGCUUGAAUAGUAUGACUCUGCCGGAUACCACGCUGCCGGUAUCAAAACCACUUGCCAAUGAAGCUAGUCCACCAAGAAGGCGCAACCAGCGAAUAGUCACCAAGUUCCGCAACGGCAUCACUACCAUAGAUUUGCAGAGUCCGGCCAGUUCUAGUUCGAUGACGGAUAAAUCGAAUGCCUAUGAAUUCUCAGAAGACAACGAGAAAUACGAAAAGAUCUCCACUUUCCGCAAGCGACGUUUGGCGGAGAAGAAGUAUGAGUUCUCAGAAGAUAACUCAGAAAAUAUCAUACCCUUCACCAAGGUCCGGAUGGCGGGUCGCGCCUUUAAUGCUUCGACUGCCAGUUCUUCCGCUCGCAGCUUUCAUCGCUUUUCGCCCACGGCGCAUUUCUUUCACAAUUCCCCUUGUGCCUCGCCAUCUUCAUCGCCACAUCCCUCCCAGCCGGCACAGACGCCUCCGCAUCUGGGAUUCCGUUCACCACCUUCUAGUUCCAUGCUGAUGCGUUCGCCAAGUCGCAAUGCAAACACGUCUCAGAUCUUUAACCAGAAAUCGCCGCCAUUGUCUCAGGCUACACAACAAAUGCUUAGCUACAAGCCGGUAGGACCACUGGGAGCUCUAUCUCCACUGCAAGUAUCCUUGGCCAAGCGCUUCGAGAUAGGUGGCUCUAUGUCGCCGAACGCAGGACUUUCCUUCUUGUCACCUCGACGCGAUGAGCCAAGGAUUGUGGAGAUGCCAGUGCAGGGCGGCGUAAUGCCAGAGAAACCGGUGUGCACCAAGAAGCUAAGACGGCGCUAUGUGGAAGAGGACGAUGCAACCUCUGUCAUUACUAGCGAAGAGGACGACUGCAUAUCACCGGGAUAUCACACUUCGCUGCCAAUGGAGGUGCAUGGUUCCUGUUACUCUGAGAUGCAGAUGAUCUCACAGGCUUCAUAUCAGCGGCUGCGCUGCAGCAGCGUUGUUAUUACCCAGCACUCUUUCGAUCUGGAGACCUUCACGUACUAUGUGAUCAGCCUGCUGUGUCAGAAGCACCAAAAGAUCUACAACGUGUUCUAUGACUGGGCUUACGAGGUUAUCAGCGUUUGUCCACUAAGUCAAACGAUUGGCUGCAUGCUGAUGGCUCAGUUCUCGGCGCGGGAUCAGCCGCUGGCCAUCUGCUCGCACUGCACCGGACGGAUGGAAUGUGUGUUCCACAACAGGCAAUACGAGUGUCGCAUUCUAUUUACUUGGAAUAUGGAAAGCGGACAAUGGCACGUGCUCGACUAUGGCGAACUUAAAGAGGUGCACGAGCAGUUUAGCCCGCUAAAGCGACUUGGUAAGGCUCGCCUCACGUUCGCACAGGCGGCUAGAAAAAUGGGUCAAGAAAUGGCCAACGGUCUGAGCCAGCACUUGCCCGACUACACUUCUAAUCUGCGUGUGCUCAACUCGGACAUUCGAAAGUCCAAGAUGUACAUCAGUGAUCUCGACAACAUGGUGGAAUUCCACUUGAAGCGCACAUGCCAUGAUACUUUGUGAGCAACAAUAUGCUCUACUACUGCUUGCUAAAGCUAAUGAUUCCAUAAUAUCAAAAGCUACGAAAUUCUAAUUGCAGGUAGCCUAAAAUUUAAAUAUUUACUCGAUAACAAUUUAAAGGUACAUCAUAAAAUAUUUUGGAACAUGACAGAUUUUACAAUAGUGGAAACCGUUAAACUGACAAGUUUUAUUAGUUCGUAAAACUCGCUAAGGUUGCGUGCAUCUAGUUCAGUUCUAAACACAAAAAAACGUGUGCUGUAUUUAGUAUUUAGUUACCUAUACCUUAAUUAGUGCAACGAAACGCUUUUUCAAAAGGUUGAAAUGCGUCCUUAUUUCGACUGAAGUCAUUUAAGUAAUCUUAAAUAUAGUUUAAGAAACGGAGCUUGACUCCUACCCUGCUCAUACUUACAAAAAUAUCGUAAAUAUACCUUUUGAUAUUCGAAACUUCGAUUCAACUAUUAGCUCUUAAAUUAGUUAGUUACCAACACCUUUUGAACUGCGGUACUUGUGAUUUAAGUAUCGAUUUAGUUAAUGUCAACCAAUGCUGUUUGAGUGACGUGUGAAAAUAUACAACUGUAAUCAAACUUAGAAACUAUAUUUCAAGAUAUUAUAAUUAAACAUUGGAAAUAUACUUCAAAAUAUUAUUCAGCCA